CCUCUCCACACAAUUUCUUCUUCUGUCAUUUCUCCCACACAAUUUCACAAUCUAGCGAAAUUGCAGAACCUCCUUCAACGACGCCGCUCAAUUUUAGCUGCCAUCUCUCCAGAGUUGGAACGUGAAAGAACCGAAGUAAGAAAUAGAUCUCGUCUUUGCUUAGCUGUCUUGGAGUGGUUAAGAAUCAUUUACAGCCAUGGUGAAACCCAAAAUUGCACCGUCUAUGCUAUCUUCAGACUUUUCCAAUUUGGCAUCGGAGGCAGAGCGUAUGCUCCAGUGUGGUGCGGAUUGGCUCCAUAUGGACAUCAUGGAUGGGCACUUCGUCCCAAAUCUUACCAUUGGUGCCCCUGUUAUUGAGAGUCUGAGAAAGCACACAAAGGCAUAUUUGGAUUGCCAUCUCAUGGUUACGAAUCCUCUUGAUUACGUCAAACCAUUAGGGAAAGCUGGUGCUUCGGGUUUUACUUUUCACAUUGAAGCCUCAAAAGAUAAUUGGAAAGAACUCGUGCAGCUGAUUAAGUCAAAGGGCAUGACACCUGGUGUUUCUCUGAAGCCUGGAACACCUAUUGAAGACUUGUAUCCACUUCUUGAAGAUGAAAAUCCUGUGGAGUUGGUUCUUGUCAUGACUGUUGAACCUGGAUUUGGUGGGCAGAAGUUCAUGCCAGAAAUGAUGGAUAAGGUGCGUACACUGCGGAAGAAUUAUCCAUCACUAGACAUAGAGGUGGAUGGUGGUUUAGGACCUUCAACUAUUGAUAUGGCAGCUUCUGCCGGAGCAAACUGCAUUGUUGCAGGAAGUUCGGUUUUUGGCGCUUCUGAUCCAGCUCAAGUUAUAUCUCUAUUACGUAAGAGCGUAGAGGAUUCCCAGAAAACUAGUUAAAACUUCCCCAGGCAAGAAAAUCAGUGUAAUUUGAUCUCUCAUAGUUACGCUACUGUACUGAGUGUACAACAAUGAUUUUCCAUUAUGUUAUAUCAUCAUAAAAUGUGAAGUGGGUGUAAUUUUUUUUAACUGUGGACCAGUGUAAGUAUAACUCCUUUCUUUUUUUCA